UCGAGGUACACAUGAUCAAUCCGCAUUUCAAACUUCCAAAUUCGUCGGUUGCGCAUCCAUUCCAAAUUUCAAUGACCGUUAUUGACGGCCGGAUUAAAAUUAUAUCAUUCCCCACUAUUUUUCCUUUCCCUUACCCCCUCUCUGUCUCUGUCUGUCUAUCUUCCAUGGUGUGAUGUUAAAAACACUUUUACAACAUCACAGAGGGGGAGGAGAAGUCGGUCUUUUUCUGUCCACCACCAAACAAAAACCCUUCCUCAGCAGAAGAAAGACUCUUCGUUCAAAAUUAUUUAUUUAUUUAUAUUUCUAGGGCAUCAUCGUUCGUUUAUGAAAAUCCAACAUCCGAACCCUAAAUUGAUAAAUUAUUGAAAUUUAAUUUAAUGGAUUCUUCUUCUUCUUCUCUGGGUUUAAUUAACCAGGGUGGGGCUGGUGGUGGUGUUGAUAUCUUUGAGAUUUACCAGCGAUAUUGUGAUAUUCGGGCAAAAAGUGAUCAUGCUGGCUCAAGAGAGGCACUGGCUCAGCUUUUGAAGUUGGUGGAGUUAAGGGGGCAGACAAGGAAUUCAGUUUCCUAUGAUCUCUCCAGGCUCAUGUUACAUUUGAACAACAUAGUAGAUUCCAAUCAAUUUGCUUGCUUCUAUGACUUUGUGUUCUUCAUUAAUCGGGAAAAUGGACAGAAGAGCAUCACUGUAAACAGAGCAACUGCUGCUUGGAGAUUAGUUUUGGCUGGCAGAUUCCGAUUGCUUAAUCAUUGGUGUGACUUCGUUGAGAAACACAAAAAGCACAAUGUUUCGGAGGAUACAUGGCAACAAGUUCUGGCCUUCAGCCGCUGUGUAAAUGAAGAUCUGGGAGGGUAUGAUCCUAUAGGUGCUUGGCCAGUUCUUAUCGAUGAUUUUGUGGAGCACAUGUAUAGGAUCAUGGUGCCAAACGAUAGCAGUGGCAGGAUCCUUAGUUGCAGCGCUCGUGGUCCAGAAGCCCCAACGUGGAUACCCGACGAUACCCUACCUGGGCUGAAAGUAUUUUCCGGAUCAAAGAGGAAAUUUCGCAUGUACUGUGAUAAAUAUGAGGUACCAGUAUCAGUCGAAUCUUCAUCUGUAGUCUCAAUGGAUUCAGAGUAUUCUAAAAGGAGUAGGGAGGCUACUUCCACCAUAAGCAAGGAACGUGAAGCCUGGGAAGGAAACCCACCAGGAACUGAUUUGGAAAUGGUUAAGCAAAGUGGUUCCUUGUCUCCGCACAAUUCCGCACCAUGUGCAGUUGAAAGUAGUCUGGCGAUGGGUUUUGCUGGUCUCUUCACUGCAGGAUCUUGCUCUCCAUUGGAUAAGAAAAACCAAAGCUCUUUACAAGUAGGUGCUUUCAACUGCAAUAGGGGAUCAUAGAAAUAAUAGUACCCAGAGUUGAAAAUGUGUCGGACAAUUAUAGAUGUGAUAGUAGUGGUUGAGUUCGUUUUGCACAGUCCCAGUUGGUUAAUGUUCCCUUCAUUUUUUUAGACGUAUAGAUUCUCCGUGCCUUGCUAUGAAGCACCCAUUUUCCAGAUAAUUCCUACAAGGGGUGAAGAAUAACAGCAGUGAUUUAUUUAGUUUUGUUUGUUUUGGAAUGCCAUUGUUUUCUUCAGCGUUAUGGUGACAGUCAAAAAACAAAUUCAGAAUGUAAUUAGAGUUGGUAUAACACAUUUUUUCCAGACAAAUUACUGAAAUCCAUUUCAGUCAUUGCCAUUA